AUGGAGUUCAAGUUUGACUUUCCCAUAGCAUCGAGCCCGGUCCCCAGCAGCUCCUUCAGCCAGCUCACCAGCGUGUCUUUCGGAGAGGCGGAAGAUCUUGAUCGUCAAUGCAGGGAGCGGUUCCAAAAAUAUGUCCCUGUUAAUGCCCAGGACGACGUUGUCCGUCUGCUCGCUGCAUUUAUGGAUCAUCUCCCAAAAGAUGGCUCCGUGAGGUUGAUGCAGGAUAUAAUAGCUCUAGAUGGCGAUAGUAAACUUCGCCAGCUCAGAAACCAUCUCGUGGAUGCCGUGCUAAAGUCCAUGCAAGCACCAGGUGGAAAAACUCCUGCUCCCACCCCAUCUCCCUGUGUCGACACUCAAGUGCAAAUUGAAUCUCUUGUCGUAACAUCAAUGAAUCCAUCCUCUCGCAGCGAACAGUCUAUACUCAAAAAGGACUGUCUUAAGAGGGACGGCUAUCGGUGUCAGGCUACCGGUCUUUGGGACGACCGGUCCGUCGAAAGAGGACUCAUAAUUCCUAACGAUCAUAAGGCCUUAACAACUACUGAAACUGCGCAUAUCCUUCCUUUUUCUUUGGGGAAGUUUGACGGGGAUAAAGCCAUCGAGACUGAGAACAAGGCAAGAAUUUGGCAAUGUCUAUACAGGUACUUUCCGGGCUUACACAGAGUGCUCUCCCCGGAAACCAUCAAUACCCCUGCGAAUGCUAUCACACUCGACCACUCUCUCCACCCUCAGUUCGGCUCUUUCAACCUUACUUUCAAAGAAACAGACGACGCUCAUGUUUACAAAAUCAUAAAACACACCCAGGCAAAUCACAUUGCGUUCUUUUUCCUCCCUAGCAACGGUUUAAUGGCUCUUCGUUGCGAGGAUAGUUCAGUCCUAAUGCCAAGCCCAUUUCUUCUCUCAGUACAUGCGAGAGUUGGAAAAAUAUUAAAAGUAAGUGGGCUAAAGGACCGACUCGAGAAAAUUAUGUAUACCUUAUUCCUCCCUUCUGAAGUUGAUCCUAGUGGAUCUACCGAUCUAGGGACGAUCGUGUCCAAUAGGCUGCUUAUACUAACGGACGUUUAA